GAUUUCAGAGAGAAUCGAGUGGCGUGUAGAGACAAAACAUGGAGCGGGAUUUUGGGUCACUUCAGGAGCAGGCCCUAAAGAGAAAAGAGAGGUUAAAAGCUCUGAGAGAUAAACAGCUUCAUGGCCGAGAUCAGGAAGAUGGGGAGCCAGAGAAGAAAAAAGCUUCAGUAGAGGAGACUACGGAGCAGAAGCACAGAGAGCUGAAGCUGAGGAAUUACACCCCAGAGGACGAAGAGCUGAAGGACAGGCAGGUGCCCAAAGCCAAACCAGCAUCAGUGGAGGAUAAAGUUAAAGACCAAUUAGAGGCAGCUAAUCCAGAGCCCAUCAUUGAAGAAGUGGAUUUGGCCAACCUCGCCCCGAGAAAACCAGACUGGGAUCUGAAGCGUGACGUGGCGAAGAAACUAGAGAAGUUGGAGAGGAGAACACAGAGAGCCAUCGCUGAACUCAUCCGGGACCGUCUGCGAGGAAGUGAGGAGGAGUUGGCUGGAGCGGUGGGAGCAGUUGGAGUGGAGGAGGGAGACUCGGACUGAAUCCAAGAUGUGACAGUUAAAGGAAAAAAAAAAAACCAGAAGACUAUGAUGAAUGAGUGGAACAGCACAGCGAUGCCCUGGCUUCACUUGGACUGUACCAUCACACCUGUGUUGUGCUUAGAGGGGUGGCUGCUUUCAUCACCACAGGGUAAAGUUUCGCAUCAGGUCUUCACAUGUAAGUCCUGCCUUGUAUUAUUACAUAUGAAUAUGUAGUACUACAUUCUGUAUAUGUGGUUAAUUGAGGUGCAUUUUUAAUGUAAUCUUCAAUAUUUUUGUAAAAAAAAAAAAAACAAAGUAAAAUAGUGUCAAUU